GUGGCUCUUUACGCAUAAUCAUCGCUCGAAAUCUCUCUCCGGUGUGUGUUUGUAGUUCUAUAGCUGACCUUCUUGACUCUAACCCCCUCCCUAGGGUGGGCUCUGUGAUACCUCAUGGUGUUUGUGCCGUCUAGGGUUAUCCUCCGCUCCAUUGCAGUCUUUCUAGCGCAGAGACUUCGCUCCUAUCCAUCUCCUCCUCGCUCUUUGGACAAAAACUCCUGAAUUAUUGAAAACAAAACCAAAAACUUUCUUUUCGGAUGUACUAUUUUCACCUUAUUUUUUUUUUUUUUUUUACAAACUUUCGGCUUGGAUGGGCGUUUUUUGGAAAAGCCAAACAUUUACAAGGACAUAUUGGUGUUUUGUUUUUUUUCUUUCCACUGACAAGUAACUACCGCGGGGAGAAAAUAGAAAAGCGCCUGUGCCAUGUAGCAGCAGCAGCGGCAGCAGCAGCAAGCGCUCUCUGAACAAACUGGAAAUACAUAGACGAGCCCACACACCAGCAAGAGAGCUAGUUAUUUUUACUUGAAGGGGGGAAACUACAAAUAUGCUGUGAAGCUCUCUCUUCGUCGCAGCUUGUGCUCCCGCGGCAAAAAAAAAGAGCGCAGGUUUUCCAGAGCAGCUCGUUGGUGGGAACACAAAAAAUUGUCAAGGAGAAGCGAUAUGCGGCUCGGUACAGGCAGCUGGUUUUUGCAGUUCGUCUCCUGGAAUUAGUGUUUGAAUGGGUGGAAAGGGAGCGGCUGUAUAGCCUCGGACCAGGAGGAAACAGAAAUACACUGAAUAAGAGCCUGCGGUGGCGCACAAUGGAUACUUGUCCGUCUCUGAAGGUGAAAGAGUGAACGGAUGAGGUGGAGGACUUCUUCCUCGGCACACACACAGACGUCACCUUGCAACGUUCGUCCGUGGGAGGAGGGGGAAGACUUGGGAUUGUUUGUUGCCCGCAGGAGGAAUUCAAGGUGAUCUGAGAGAUCAAAUGUGACAACUAUCAAGAAGAGGUGUUGUACCAAUCAGACCCCACCUUCUUGACAUGAAUCAUUAUGUGUUUGGAUACCUGACCUGACCAAUCGACUGUUCCUGUUACUGCUGCUUCGACAUCGUGCUCUCCAAGUGUGAAUGUGUGGCCUUGAGGUGUUUCUGAGGGACCAUAUGGCACAAUACCACACGUUAUAGGUCCUCUUUGUAUGAACUAACAUGGACAAAGUGGUCAUCAGUCUCCUGCUUCUGGGAACCGCAGUUACGAUGGUCCAUGCAUGUCCCAAAUACUGUGUCUGCCAGAACCUCUCGGAGUCUCUGGGGACUCUGUGCCCCUCCAAAGGCCUGCUUUUCGUCCCGAUGGACAUCGACCGGCGAACUGUGGAGCUCCGGCUGGGCGGCAACUUCAUCCUCAAGGUCACCACUGUUGACUUUGCCAAUAUGUCUGGUCUUGUUGAUCUCACCUUGUCCCGCAACACCAUCAGCACCAUCCAGCCUUUCUCUUUCAUCGACCUGGAGACCCUGAGAUCCCUGCACCUUGACAGUAACCGGUUGACUCAGCUGGGACCGGACGACCUCCGAGGGCUGCUCAACCUGCAGCACCUGAUCCUCAACAACAACCAGCUGAGUCGGCUCUCAGACACGGCCUUUGACGACUCGUUAUUGACACUGGAGGAUCUGGAUUUGUCGUACAACAACUUGCGCAGUGUGCCUUGGGAUGCCAUCCGCAAGAUGGUCAACAUACAUCAGAUGAGUCUAGAUCAUAACCUCAUCUACUACAUUGACGAGGGGACUUUUACAGAUCUGGAUAAACUGGCCCGCUUGGACCUCACCUCCAACCGCCUCCAGAAGCUCCCUCCGGACCCCAUCUUUGGGCGCUCCCAGAGCAAUGUAAUUAUGAGCACUCCUUACGCACCUCCACUCUCUCUAAGCUUUGGUGGAAACCCAUUGCACUGCAACUGUGAAGUGCUUUGGCUUCGAAGGCUGGAGCGCGAGGAUGAUAUGGAAACCUGCGCUUCUCCCGCUAGCCUAAAGGGGCGUUACUUUUGGUCCGUUCGUGAGGAGGAGUUUGUUUGUGAGCCCCCUCUGAUCACGCAGCAUACGCACAAGUUACUAGUGCUGGAAGGCCAAAUGGCCAGCCUGCGAUGCAAAGCAGUUGGGGAUCCGAUGCCAACUGUGCAUUGGGUUGCUCCUGAUGACCGUUUGAUCAGCAACUCCUCCCGAGCAACGGUAUACGAAAAUGGCACCCUGGACAUUACAAUCACCACAUCCAAGGAUUACGGGACCUUUACUUGCAUAGCCGCCAAUGCUGCUGGGGAAUCGAUGGCCUCCAUCGAGCUGUCCAUCAUUCAACUCCCCCAUCUGAGUAAUGGUACAAACCGUACCACACAGUCCAAGUCGGGGCUUUCAGACAUAACAAGCUCUACCAAGAUCAGUAAAGGGGAGCCUAAACCUCCACCAGAGAAGGCGGUGUCUGUAUCAGAAGUGACUGCCAUCUCUGCUCUGGUCAAGUGGACUGUUAACAAAUCAACUCCAAAGGUCAAAAUGUAUCAGCUUCAGUACAAUUGUUCUGACGAUGAAGUCCUCAUUUACAGGAUGAUUCCCAUGACUAACAGAGCCUUCGUAGUCACAAAUCUUGUCCCGGGGAUGCAGUAUGACCUGUGUGUCUUGGCCAUCUGGGAAGACACCGCCACCACCCUCACCGCCACCAACAUCGUCGGCUGCGUCCAGUUCAUCACCAGGGAGGACUACCCGCAGUGCCAGUCCCUCCACAGUGGCUUCCUGGGUGGCACCAUGAUCCUGGUCAUCGGGGGCAUCAUCGUGGCCACGCUGCUGGUGUUCAUCAUCAUCCUCAUGGUGCGGUACAAGGUGACCAACGGCAUCCCGACUAGCAAGUUACCCAGCGUGAGCAACACGUACUCGCAGACUAACGGGGGGUUGAACAGGUUCAACGGUGCCCCGCCGCAGGUCAAAUCCACGGUGGUGGUCAUGCGUGAGGAAAUGGUAGAGUUCAAGUGCGGAUCCCUCCAGAGCAGUCUCUCUUCAUCCUCAUCCUCUUCUAACUCAUUAGACAGCCAAACAGGAAGGGGAGCUGCUGGCGACCGCUACAGCAUGCAGGGCAGCGAAUGCAGCACCCUGCCCAGUAGCAAGUUCAGAAGGCACAGGCACGGUGCCAAAGCACGGCCGAACCUGGACCACCUUUUAGGGGCCUUCACCUCACUGGAGUUGCGAGGGGUAGGGAGGGAACACCACGGGGCCUCUGCCCCCCCCACCACUUCCAACGCUGUGAUGACGGUGGCUAUGGUGCCCCCGUCCGAUAAAGAACCCCUGCUCGGGAGGGCCGAGUCCACCACCAUGCUGGGACGUCUAUUAGGGAUGCCCCAGGAGGGCAAGCCCAAGAGGAGUCACUCGUUUGACAUGGGUCAUGUGGGGGCGGCGCAGUGCCGCAGCACCUACCCUCGCAGGAUCAGUAACAUCUGGACUAAGCGCAGUCUGUCUGUCAACGGCAUGCUGCUGCAGUAUGACGACAGUGAGGACGAGAAGCCCCCUUUUGAGAGCUCCGAGUGGGUGAUGGAAAGCACAGUUUGAGUUGGUCUAACCACGAGGUCCAUGGCUAAUAAUCAGGAACGGAAGGAACACGAGUGUAGAGGCAGGAUGUUCCAGAGGGAAUCGGCCUUUGGGUAUUGCAUGAAGUUCAUCCAUGUGAAUACUGUCUAAGUAAUUAUGUGAGAAAAGACUCUCAAAUCGAUCGAUUCCUGGCCACGAUCUCAAAUCUCGGACUAACUGUAUUUGAAAUAUUGUUCCCAUCUCAAAAAACACCGAACCUUGGAUUGUGCAGAGGGGAUGACUUCCCAUCCACAGGGCACGUUCUCAGAGAGUAAGAGGGGAAAAGGGAAGAUGAGAAAUUCAGAGUGGAUUUACUACGUCUUUAUCAAAAAGGACUGAAUGAGGAGGAUUUGCCUCGGCCGUGGUGAACUGGAUGUGCAUCACAAUGUCUUGGACCCUCAGCAUGAAAUGGGACUACUGCAACAAGUAGAGGGGAAGGACCAGAGGAGCAAAUAGAAAAUUAAAAACAAAGUCAUUUUUAUUUUCAA